CCUCUGCCCUCUCGCGCGAGUUUCCGGGGUCCCUACAUUUCCUAGCAACGCUCCGGCUCCUUGGAUACGAGCUAGAGGAAGCUCACUCACUGUGGCGGACGGACAACAACAACGUCAACAACAUGGAACCCCCAGAGAGGGUGGUGGGAUCUUCUCAGGUGCCAGGUGAUGAAGAUGCGAUUCAGUCUGUUGGACAUGCAUCCAGAAAUCAACUAGAAGCUCAAAGUUCCAGUCAGGACCAGCGGCAGCCCAGGCUGGAAACACAUGGCUGGGAGCUUCAACAGGGGCGCUCUUUUCAGCAAGAAUUUCAGGACAGUAACCUGUCUCCAGCCCUUUCAUUGUUGCCUGUAAACUUCACUGAAUAUUCUUUAUUCCAACAAAGUGACAAUGAAUUUGCCCUUUUAAGGGCGUACCCUGACCUUUCCAUGGCAUCGGAGAGGUUUCACGUUCCACCCCAGGAUCGCACUACUCAGGCCUCUGAACGUGGCUCACUGUCCCAGCACCCUUUGGCCCAGGCAACCAUCAUGUCUGAAGAAGAAGUAAGCAGCUGCUGCUCUCUGUCCCAGCACAGUUUGUCACUAAUAAACGAAGGCGGACGAGAGGAAACUGUUCACUCCCCAGUGAUUGCCACCACUGACAGACAGGGAGUAUCAUCCGGAGAUGACACGGGUAGCAGAGAGAAGGACUUAGAGACACUUACUGACCCUCCAGAUAAGCCAGUAGGAGAGGCUGACGAAGAUGAGGCAUUCUUUCUGAGUAAGAAUAUUCCUGCCCAGCAUCUUCUGGAUCUCCUUCAGAAAGAUAUUGGCAUGGCAAGCAGCAGUAGUAGUGCUUUUUCCUCUGCCUCUAAGACCUCUGUGAAGGCUGCUGCAUCCUUUCCCGGAGAAUCUAAAAGCACUCAAGUUUGCAAACCAGGCAUUGACCAAAGCAUGGUUAGAAGAGAAGGUCCUCCAGGAGAAGUUUCUCCCUCCCAGCAGCACACGCAACAAGCCAACAGAGAUUUAUACCCCGACCAAUCUCAAACCUUGUCGUCGGAGGUCUGCAACAUCACCACGGGAUCCCGUAGUACUAAACCCGACGACAGUAGUGAAGUGUUGCACAGAGAGCUGCUGUCUGAGGUAGAGAGGCGCAGCAACCGUGAAGCUGAAUCUAAAAACCAACAGCGGAAAAGUCCUACGCCACCCGGUCAAUCUCUCACACCAUAUCCCACGGGGAUGCCUGAAGGCAAGCCAAGUGUGACCAGAACAAAUUUGGGUGGCCUACAAUUGACAGGACCGUUUUCAGCAGGCGUUGAACGGGGUCACAGAGAGCAGGAACUCUGGUUCUCAGGGAACCAAACAGGGAUUGAUGGGUCCUACCUGGGUUUCCUUCCACAGUCUCAAUCCACUCCGGGGUUUUUCAAGGCCCCACCUAAAUCAAGUGUCAAGCCUAAAUUAGGACAACUCUCUGACAUAGAAUCGCAUAAAGAGAGCUCGUAUCAGUCAAACACAGGGAUCUUCCCACAGCCAGCUGUUCCUGCAGCUGAUGUCCAUCGCCCAGACACAGCAAAUCGGAGCCAAGAAGCAGCCACCUCUGCAAAAGUCCAGUCUCUCCCAAGUCUCAACUAUAUGCAGAAAGUGGACGCUUGGAGGGCAAAUCAGAGUUCAGGCAAGACGUCACUGUUUGAUAGCUUGGCACUGCAAGGUUUUUCUGGCAUCUCUCCUAAAAAGAAAGCUUACGAUGCAGUGUCUGACUCCCUUAAUCACAUCCUGAGUCAGCAGGCGGAACGUUUACAACAGCCUGUUGUUUCAAGCGCUGCCGAUCAGGAUUUCACACAGAGCUCCUCCACGGCUCCUUCUGGCUCUUCUACAAGAAGAGGGGAGGCGGUAGGUGGUACUCCUAUCGAUAAAGAUAACACUGGCUCUGCAACAAGACCCUCUGCCUCAACCUUUGGCAGGUCACAGUCCCACUCCUCUCUUAGCACCAUUGUCAGGUCGGUCCAGAAAGAUCAGCAGAAAAAAAGACCUGGAGAAAAGGGGAACAGUCAGACUCGGGACGAUGUCCAUCAUCAGCCAAACGCCCCAGUUCAACCGUCGCCUCGCGUGAGCCUAAGCCAGUUCAGUGAUGUGUCACUUGAUCACGAUUUGACACUCUUAAGUUCCCAAGAUAGUUACAACAGCGGAAUUAAGUUAGGAGCUUCCAUCGGAGCUUCUUCUGUUGUAAGCCUAGAAGUUGAUAACUAUGCCCCGUACUGGACUUCAAAACAAUCAACACCACCACCUCUGCCCAAACCGCGAGAGCUCAACAUUGAAGAACGAAUCCCGUUGUAUCUCCAUAACCUGGGCAUUGACCAGUCACCCUCAACGAUCUUAACUCCAUUUGUACCCAGAGGCCCAAUCAGAGAGCCGGAAUUCUCUCCCACUGACCUCUGUACAAUUAAAGGAUCUAUUGGAACCCCAACCAAGAGCACCCAACCAUCUGAAGGUGAUAGUCCCCAUAAAGGACAGUUUUCCAGAUCCAGCAUUCUGUCAGUGGACUCCAGUAUAUCCAUACCGUUGAGCCUGGACAGUCUUGGUCCAGGUGCUACUGUCCCAGAGCGGACCAGGCGGGCUUUUCCUUCAUCAGAUACAGAAGUUAUCCAGAAUAAACGCAGACCGACGCCCUCUUCCCUCCCUGAAAAAGACACUUCUCCUUCCACUCAGCAACAGCACAUGGACCGCUGCUUAACUAGCAGCCAGCAUACCAUCCAGCUAGUAGAUCGUUUUGGCUCUGACCCCUCGUUAGCUACCAGGGCUAGGUGUGGGGAAAGAGACUUGGAUUCACCCUUGCAAACUAGCCGGAGUUUGGAGGAGCAAUGCGCCGAAGACUCUACGGUUAGCUCCGAGGCCUUGUUGGAGAUCCGUCAACUACUCUCUCAGGCGGGGAAUGUGCUAUCUGCUGGGUCUUCUGGGGGUUUCUUAGCUUCCCCUGCACCAUCCAGUCUGCUCGCUGAUGACAUAUUCCUCUCACUGAAGACAAAAACCUCCAAACUCCAGGACUCCUCAUUCUCCUGUUCUAAUGAGGAUCCCAAAACUCGAUCCUCCCUACUAUGCGCUAGGUCCUCAUCCGACUCCAUGCUGACCUCAGAGAAAGUGAGAGAAAGCUCUAUUGGCCGAGAGAGUACGACCUCAUCGCGGCAACAUAAUUAUUCAUCCACACAAGCUCUUGUUCCCGCACCAGCCAAAGGUGCACACAAAAGGCCGCAAGAAAGCACCGCUAGUAGAGGUGCAGGGUCAGCCCUUGUCGUCUCCCAAUCAGCUCGACGUGCAGAGCCCGAAGGCUGCAGCGCAGCUCCCCCCAACAACACAGUCCCACCGCAGCCACCAGUCAUUGUGCCUUUACCAGUUUCGAGUACACAAAUGUUCACCUCUACUCCUACUGACAUAGUGGGUGUCGCAGAGGAGGAAAAACGGACUACUCUGGAAGGUCCUGUACAGAGCAGCUCCUCCUCGCCCGUCCUAGAGGACACUGAUCAGGAACUGAUGAGCGAUGGGAGUAGCGAGGGCUCGCUGGCAGUCAGAGUUGCCAAGUUACUGCAGAGUGAAUCUCCGGCCACCAUGGUGUCCAGUACACCCAGCAUCACUGAGCAGGAGGAGAGCAAAGCCAGAGAGUGGAUUAAACUGAAGAUAUCAGGACAGCAGUGUGAACCUCUGGAGUUGGACAAAGAAGACCGAAAGCGGAUUGAAGAGAUCAAGAGAGAGCUGCUGUUAAAAUACCCUAUAAAGAGUCAGGGGAGCACAGAUGCAGAGAGCAGUACAGCAUCCAGUAUUCGAGUCCAAACUGUGCAGGAUGCGUCUUGGCAAGCAGCAUUAUCGAAGGCAGCGAAUGUCUCUAACAACUGGCCAUCCCAGCCUCUGCAGGGCCUCCGCACAGAUCUCUCGGACUCCAGCGCGCAGCUUCAAAAACCUCUUUGCCCAGAUCUACAGGCUCAGAUAUGUGAGAUUGCUGCCAGGGAAGGGGUAACCCUCCCUAAGAAAAACCUUCAGGCCCUCACAUCUAUUACCAUUGCCACCCGCAGGCGGUCCACCUCCCCCUCUCCCUCCACGUCUCCUGCACCUCCUCUCAGUCCAGCGCCAGGGCUGCUCCACCUGGCCGAGCUCUCAACAGAAGCAGCUGAGCUUUCUAACGCUAACGGGCAGCUUCCCCAUACCGUGGCUGAAGAAGAGGCGACCAGAGAGCCAGCAUCAGCGUUUGAACCAAGCAGUAGUCUCGACACCAGAAACCAAAAUCUGACUUCUACGUCAGCACCAGUGAAACCGAAGAGGCAAGACGCUGUAGGAGGCCAGUUUGAUGAACCUGCCCCACCCUCACAGGGUUUAGGUAGAGAGGAUGUGAAUGCUAAGGAGGACGACAUCCAAUUGUUCACGGGAGACGAUGAGUUAUCUGUCCAGAACAGCUCUUGUUCUGGUGUUGGUCACGAAGCUGAGCAGGCCGCAGGUUCCUCCACAUCGGAAUCCCCAGCCAGGACGGGUCACGUCUCACACGUCCAUCUCACGCUGUCCCCCAAAGCCACUGAUCGCACCUCUUCCACUGCUGUCCACCCCAGUCGUGCUGUUGCUGUUACAGGGUUGCUACGUAAAGAAUUUCCCCCUCUCAGACACACCUCUUCUGCUGCCAGCAGUCCGGACGAAGGUGUCGGUUUGUCCAGUCCACCAGAGUGGUACGACAUCAGAGAGCCAAUAAGACACCAGGUGCCUAAAAGACCCGAGACCUCCACCCUGUUCAAAACCCCUGUGCCUCAGGGACGGAUGACCCUCCCAUCCACACAAUCCUCUACACCAUGUCACAGAGUUGUGUCACAAAGAACCUUAACCACUGAAACACCAGCAGUGCCUGUUCUGUUACCUUAUAAACCCUGUGGCAGUGAGGAGCUCUUCUACAUCCCUCAAACUGAAACCGACAUCUCCUCUACCAACCCUUCUGACACCACCAUGGAGAGCUCCCAUACGGGCUCAGACGACGCUGUGCCCCCACGCUUCAGCAGCGAGGUCCUCGGGCACCGAGACACAGGGUUGGACCGCAGAGUCACCGUCAGACACUCGGAGGGCAUCUACAGCAAGAGGCUGAAAACGGCCACCUUCAAAAUGCACGAGCCCGGACACAGAGGUGCCUCUAUAUCAGCAGAUGGACCUUUGCAAACAAGUGUGACUCAAGCUCCAAAGCAGUUUUCUCAGGUAUCGGCUGCCUUUACCAGAGUGCCUUUAUCAAGCAACCAAGGAGCCUCCAAGAGAGACCAGGGGACCAGCCCGAUGCAGUUCCCCAGUUACGAUCAACCAAAGCCGAGCCGUGUGAGAUUUCACGUGGACUUGGCCUAUGACGAGGCGAGCCAUCACCUGGACCAAAGCCCUGUUCCUCAGACGGGAGAGGAACACGACCAGGAGAAGAGGGACUCUGGCAUCCAUCACCCCACUUCUGAGCAGAGCAGCAGCACUCUGGACCAGCUGUGGAAGAGGUUCUGCGAUCAGUGGAGCCUGGAGCAGUCCCAACCCACCAGUGACAGAGAGGCAUCACUGCUGGAGCGGCUAGAACGCCUGUCCCGUCUUAUUAAUAACACAAGGGGCACUUACGUGUCAGAACUACAAGAAGAAAAUCGGGCCCGGAGCCUACAGGGAGAUGAAACUUCUCAACCUACAGACGAGGACAGCCGUGAUUCCUCCGUCUCGAGCUUCUCUCGAGGCUCCUCCCAGAGUCGGCACCUCUGUCCCGCAGACAGAGACGAGCCUGAGACCUUAUCCACCACGUCCAGCUCAGUGUCCACAGUGGACACAGCGCGGCUGAUCCGAGCCUUCGGCGCCCACAGAGUCCAGAACCUGAAAACGAGCUUGAGCCUCAGUAAACUGUACAGCACCAUCAACAAGCAGAAGGAAGGGAGGGAGCAGCGGAGAGGAAGAAACAAAGAGCUGCCUUACCUCAUCAUGCUGUCAGAGACAACCGGUACUGAUGAAUCCAUAGUUGCUGCUGAUUCUGCAUCAACCAGCACUUACACCCUUCCGUCACACAGCGGUCCCUCCAGGACUCUGGCAGCCAAGAAGAGUGUUAAACUGGUCAGCAGAAGCAUCCAGGCAGGCGACCUGGAGAUUGUCAGUAACGGGACUCGACGUCACACCAGAGAUGUUGGAACCACGUUCCCUUCGCCUGGUGAAGCCAGAACUUCCAGGCAGAUUUCAUCCUUCUCAUCCAACUUAGAGAAGGGAAGAGGGUGGAGGAGCCCCGCUAAGAGUCAGGGCUUACAAAAGCAGAGAAGGAGCAAGAGAAGCCCGCCAAAGACCUACCCUAAAGGUGUUUCAUGGUUCAUCUCUGCUGACAACCUGAGGUCUGAAGUGCGGAAAGAGAACCAGCCAGAGGAAGAGGAGUUGUUGUGGAGGCAGAGCACUGCCUGGUUUGAACCAUACAGCAGAAUCAAUCCACGGAGAGAACCCCUCCGACCGAGACAAGUCCACGAAGACAGAAACAAACACGACAAACCCGAUUUAGAUCCAACGACCAAAACUAUGUCCUCUGGUUUGGCACGGAUCUCUCUCCAGGAGGCUCUGGAGAUGCAUCGUCCAGAGUUCAUCUCUGAGUCCAGGCGUAGGGUGAAGCGCAUGGCUCUGCAGGCGCAGGAGAGGAAGCUACAGGCCAAUUUCUGCAGAGAGAGAGAUGAACUCUUCAGCUGGCUCGGAGGACCACGGAGGCCCGCAGGAACUGCUCUGCUCAGGAGGGCUGUUCCCAGGAAGGAGAUGCUACUGAGAUCCAAACAGAUUUAUGAGACUCUCCCAGAGGUGCACAGGAGGAGAGAGGAGGAAAGAAGAAAAGCAGAGUAUCGAUCUUACCGGCUUAACGCUCAACUCUACAACAAGAGAAUCACCAACCAUGUCCUGGGCAGAAGAACAGCCUGGCAGUGACACUUUUACUGUAGAGGAAAUCAGCAAUGGUAAAUCCAUUGUUUUGUUUUUUUCCCUAAUCUUAAUAACAGAAGUACAUCGAUCGAUGAAUUAGUAAAAUGCAAGAAAUAGAAACCAAAAUGUUUGGAAAUUAUUGUUUUCCCUUUUGAGAAAGAAGUCUAUCUAUCUAUCUAUCUAUCAUUAUGUACUCAUUCCAUACACUCAAAUGUGUUUUUAAUGUAAGGAAUAAACCUGAUUCUUCAGUUUUGCCACAUUCCAUGCUUUGAUUGAACACAAAACACAGCAUCUUAAUGUCUUUAAUUGAUCGGUUGAGCAGGAAGCCACGCAAGGGAAAAGGUUAGACAAGAUUCAGUACAUCAGCUACACAUAAAUAAGAUGUCUGUACAUACACUAUGCCAAUUAAUUAUAAAACUUCAAGUUAGGACAAUACUGUGUAAAUAUAGUCAACAAAUCAGCAUGGAUUGAAGAACUAAGCCUUUUUUUAAAAUGUGCUAUGGCAAACAAACUAUUCUUUGGCAAAGAUGUAGUUUUGCUUUAACAAACCAAACGUGCUCUCUGCAGGUUUAAGGCUCAGACUAAGUUUGAAACGGCAACAGGAAUCUCAGCAGAACAAGGGUAACUUUACUUCGAGCAUGACGGAAACACCAUAUUGUAAUAAAUACUGCAUAAUGCUUCAGCUGAGUUUUUAAAUAAACAUGAAAAAUCUGCUAAAUUG